AUGAAGUUUUCUGCAAAUCUCUGCGUCAGUCUGGCCUUCGCAUCUCGCCAUAAGCAGAUAAGUUCUCGCGUCGUCGGCGGAGAAAUCGUUGCGCCAAACUCGGAGCCAUAUGUAGUCUCCCUGCAACGAAGUGGAGCUCAUUUUUGUGGCGCAUCGCUAGCAGGAUACUUGAAUAAAGCGAUAACUGCGGGACACUGCCACAAUGCAUACGGUGUCACGGCCGUUGCUGGCGCGCACAAGAUUGAUGUCUACGAAUCUCGAAGCCAGUCAAGAGCUGUCACGCAGUUCAUAGUCCAUCCAAACUACAAUUCAUACUUACUAGAAAAUGACAUCGCUAUAAUCAAGCUGUCUUCACCGUUUGUAGAGACUGAUUAUGUAAAGCCACUGUAUUUGCCGCGGCAGAUGUCUCAAGAUUGGGUGCCGCACGACUCGCCAGUACGCGUAUGCGGCUGGGGAAACACAGUCUCUGGAGAUGUCCCUUCGCAAAUGGCAACUGAGCUGCACUGUAUUGAUAUCAACGUAAUUGCCUAUUCCAUAUGCAACGACAGACAGCACUACAACGGAGAACUCUCACCAGGGAUGAUGUGUGCUGGAGUGGAUGGAGUGGGAGGAAAAGACGCAUGCGGCGGCGAUUCUGGUGGACCGGUCAAAUACGGCGACAUGGUUAGAAUUAAUCGACUAAAGAGUAAUGCUAAAAAUAAGGUUGUCGGAGUGACUUCGUGGAGUUAUGGACAUCCGCACCAAGGACAAGGAGCUUACUACCCGGGAGUAUACACGGACGUUGCCUGGUACCGCAAUUGGAUUGACCUGCAAUAA